AUGAAUGAAUUAAUCUCUAAAAUAAAUAAUAACACAAAUUAUAGAAAAAUGUUAACAUGUCAAUUUAAUAUGGAUAAUUAUUCAAUAUUAAAAGUAUUAAAAUCUGAAGGAGUAAUUAAAUUAUUAGAAAUAAACAAAAAUAAUAAAAAUCAAAAAAUAAUAAAUUUUUUAAUAAAUGAUAAAUUAGGAAAAUUAGGAACAAAUGUAUUUUUAAAACCAAUAUCAAAACCUGGUAGAAAAGUAUAUAUUUCAAAUAAAGAAAUAUUAAGUAUGUCAAAUACUAAAAAAGGAUUUACUAUAAAUACUUCAAAAAUAGGGAUUAAAACUUUAUAUUCGAAUUUAUCUGAACAUAAAAUAUAUUUAUUAAGAACAUCUUCAAAUAAUUUGCAAUUAUUAAACAAUAAAGGAAUAAUAACUCAAGAAGAGGCAAUAAAAAAUAAUGUUGGUGGAGAAUUAUUAUUAGUAGUAAAAUUUCAAUAA